UGUGAUAUCAGGCAUCACCUUCUGCUUCAGACUGGUUGGAACGGGUGUAGCCAUCUUACAGCCCACUUGCACAAGGUUCGUUCGGAAGAAAAGAAUAUCAUAGCAGUGUCAACGUCGCAAUGACCGAAAAGUCCUCAGACCAGGCCGAGGCCUCGGUCAACGGUACUUCACACGUGAAUGGCAGCACUACCGCGGACUCAUCGUCAACAAUGACACAGGCUCCGCCCUUAGUUAAACGCAAGGUCGAUGACUUGGGUCUGACAGACUCGAAGUUGGAUGCUCGAGACGACAAGCGCCGCAAGGGAACAGCACCAAUCAAGCAGGAAUAUCUUCUCAAGUCGGACGAUGUGGUAGAACCAAGACCUCCACGAGACGAGGCUGAUGAUGAUGCUGCCGAAGCCUUUCAUCACAAGGACAGACAACCUGCAACUCAAAGUCACAAUUCCAGACCCAAACGACGUGAGAAGAAGCAGGGCCAGAACAAAGCUCGAGAUUUUGGCAGUUCCAGAGACGAGGUGGGUUUGUGUUCUACUCGUGUCCACAGACCCGAACUCUCCCCCGAUCCUUGCUCAUACGGGGAUAAAUGCCGAUUCGAGCACGAUUUACGAAAAUACUUGCAGGAAUACAAACGACAAGACCUAAACACUUUCAACGGCCUUUGUCCUGUAUGGCAGACGAAAGGCAGAUGCCCUGCUGGUUGGAAGUGCCGUUUCGUUGGUUCUCAUUCCAAGGAAGUGGAGCAUGAAGGUGGUCGACGAGAAUUGAUCCUGUUGAAUGAUGAAACUAGAAUGGCGCAAUAUGCUGCAACAUCAACCGAGGAGGAAGAGGCUGGUGUAGCGAAUAUUCUCAGCACACAGCAACGGAUCGACCUCACUAAGAAAAGAAUUCAGACACCAAAAUCAGAGGACUUCUUGAAAUGGCUUGAUUCUCAAGCCCAGAAGCCAUCCGGCCAAGGCCGCAGACAGCAGGGUCAAGGCGGGCGGGCAAAUGAGGCUCUUCGCAAUUCGUCGUCACCAGAGCCCGAACCAGCACAGGACGAGAACAAAGGAAACGACCAAAUGGAUUCAAGAGCCUCGUUUAUCGACACCCCAUUACGACCUUCAGAGAAGCGCAGACUCUAUUUUGGGAUCGAAACACCUGUACUGGCACCGCUGACCACUCAAGGGAAUCUGCCUUUCCGACGAUUAUGCACUUCAUUGGGUGCAACUUUCACCUACUCUGAAAUGGCAAUGUCGUUACCACUGCUGCAAGGACAGAAGUCGGAAUGGGCUCUUAUCAAAGCACAUGAAUCAGAAGUGCAGCCACCCACAUUCUCGCUCAAGAAUGGUCAGAAUAUUGUAUAUGACUACGACCAAAACAAGGAUCUCUGCUUCGGUGCUCAGAUUGCCGCCAACAAACCAUGGUUGGCCAUCAAAGCUACCGAGGUCUUGACCACACUGCUCCCCAAAGGUCUACGUGUGGUUGAUCUUAAUGUGGGCUGUCCGAUCGAUCUGGUCUACCGAGAAGGUGCCGGCUCAGCUCUGAUGGAUACCCCCCCUAAAUUGGAAAAGAUGCUUCGAGGCAUGAACGCUGUUUCAGGCGAGACACCCGUCACAGUCAAGAUUCGUACCGGCACACGAGACAAACAACCGACAGCGCAGAAGUUGGUGGAGAGACUUGUCUUGGGGGCCGGGCAGAGUGAAGGCAAUCCCUCUGGUGUGGCAGCGAUCACUCUGCAUGGCAGAUCGAGACAGCAAAGAUACUCGCGCUCGGCGGACUGGGACUACAUCACAGAAACAGCGAAUCUGAUCAGGAAGUUGAGCACAAAAGCGGACAGCUUGACUGACACUGUUCACGAACCCGAUGAGAGAGAUCUGCCAAAUGGACACAACAAUUCAAGGCAUGGCAAGGUGUUCUUCAUCGGAAAUGGCGACGUUUAUUCUCAUGAGCAUUACUAUGACCACAUCGAACAUGCGAAGGUUGACGGCGUAAUGGCGGCUAGAGGAGCACUGAUUAAGCCAUGGCUUUUUGAGGAAAUCGCAGCAGGCCAGUACCUCGACAAGUCGUCCUCUGAACGAUUGCAAAUCGUCGAGAAUUUCUGUCGCUACGGAUUAGAAGCAUGGGGCAGCGAUGAGAUUGGAGUGGGCCAAACUCGAAGAUUCCUGCUCGAGUGGCUGAGUUUUGCUUGUCGUUAUGUGCCGGUUGGCUUGCUGGAAUAUCUGCCUCCCAACAUCCAGGAUCGACCUCCUCGGUACAAGGGCAGGGAUGAGUUGGAGACCCUGAUGGCUAGCGACAACUACAAGGACUGGAUCAAGCUCAGCGAGAUGUUUCUAGGCCCUGCGCACAAGGAUUUCCAAUUUGUGCCCAAGCACAAAUCGAAUGCCUACGAAAUCGAAGCAGAAGGAUGAAAAAACGGCGCAAGAUGACAGUGUUGAACAUGCCAGACAAGCGGUGAUGAACCCAUCUCAACCAGCUCUCGACGGGGAAUUGAUGACAGAGGCAACCGACUCAGACCGUGGCUGUGAAGAUGUCUGCCACAAGCUUUGUACGAGAUGCAGGCAGCUUGGAGCUUAGCAUUUUCCAGCCUAGUGGUCAAAGAAGACUACUUUGUCCAGUAACUCCAACACGCUGAUGCAUGCUUCCUGCUCGGGAUUCAGACCUACCAGUUCAACUGAGCAUACCAGCGUCGCCUGGAACAGUUCCAUACAGUAUUCCUCCUGGUCUUGUUGAUGCAGCUGCAUGUCAGCGUAUUUGUCAUUGUGAGUAGAGACAUCAUGACACGUAGCUGCGCCCGUCAGAAGCUUAAGAUCUGGUGAAGGAUCAUCUAAGUAUUGUGCUGUUGUAUUGCAGCACGUGAAGAUCUGGGUUCUGAUACAAAACCAUCCCGCCGUCUCCAGUGCCUCGGCAUCUGGGGUGGACG